GUGCGAAACAGUGCGCGAACUUUUAGCGCCAUUUUGCUACAUCCUUCUUUUGUGUACGCGAGGGACGUCGGGCCGACGAUUCGCCGCAACUUUUCGAGUGUUAUUGAAUAAUUUAAUCUUCAUCCUACGUGAAACCUGCCGCCUUCUGAGAACAACCGUCAUCGUGAUCACGAGAGACCGACUCCGCUGACCGACACCGGCGAAAAUGGGUUAGCGGUCGCCGGCUUUGUCCUCACUGAGCAGCAUAACAAACGAUCGUCUUUCACACAUCCCCUCAUUUGGCAUAUUUAUUUGAUAUUUACAACGAACGUACACGAGCCAAGCAGAAAUGACGUCGCAGGAAUAUAUCCCGAGCAGUCAGCCCGACACGCAAAAUGUGGACGACGCAGCGUUGACACAGUCGCAAGACGCGUUAAGCCAACAGCCAACAUUGGCUAUCUGGGGAAGAUUGUGUUCAUUACGAGCACAUUUCAAAGAUAUAAAUAUGUCCGGGGAUGUGUAUACUCUGGGACGUGCAGAGUCUUGUGAUAUUUGCAUAACUUCGCAGUCAGUUCGCGAAAACCUGUUGAACUGCAUGAGCAAGGUACACUGCCGCAUAUAUCGCGAACGUAUUAACAACACCAAUGAGACCAUAGUGUAUCUCGAGGACAAUAGCCGCAACGGCACUUUCGUCGACAAAGUUAUCGUCGGUUACGGGAAACGUGUUAUUAUUGACGACAAAUCAGAAAUUUCGCUGGCCAAAGCUUCGCUCACAAUUUACAGAUUUGAAAAUAUGAUCAGGCCUGAAGGUAACAAGUUACCGUUGGAAUUGAAGCGGAGGUAUGCGCAAAGUUAUAAACUGGGGUCUGGUGCUUGCGGCGAGGUGAGAUUAAUAUUUACGAAGGACGGUACCAGGAAAUUCGCCAUGAAAACCAUACAGAAAUGCGACUUCAGUAGCAACGGAAGGAUCAAUCAACUCAAUAACCCGGAGAAAAUUAGAAAUGAAGUUGAGAUAUUGCGAAAGUUAAAGCAUCCAUGUAUCGUUCGAAUGGAAGACAUCCAUGAUACACCGACAACAGUAUACAUUGUACUUGAAUUAAUGGAAGGCGGUGAGCUCCUGGAGAGAAUCAGAAGCAGGGGCAAAUUGUCAGAGUCGUGCGCAAAACUGAUAUUUUAUCAGGUUAUACUCGCUGUUCAAUAUCUGCACAAAGAGGGUAUCACACACAGAGACUUGAAGCCGGAGAAUAUAUUGUUAGCGGACAAUUCGGAUAUUACUGUGGUGAAAGUAUCCGAUUUCGGCCUCGCGAAGUUAGUCGACACUCAGACUAUGAUGAAAACGUUUUGUGGCACUCCUAUGUAUGUUGCACCUGAGAUUUUGAAUAACCUCGGACGUAACUCUUAUACGAAUCAAGUCGACGUGUGGAGCCUAGGAGUAAUAUUGUACGCCUGCUUAAGUGGUGUACUACCUUUCAGCCCUGGAAGCAGACGUUAUACUUUGGAACAACAGAUCAGAUAUGGAAUCUAUUCCUUCCGCAAGCCCCAUUUCGAACAUGUGUCACAAGAAGCUCAAGAUCUGAUCAGGUGUAUGUUGACGGUGGAACCGAACAAGCGUAUAACGAUCCAUCAGAUUUUGCUGCAUUCUUGGCUGAGAGAUUCUAACAUGCACAGCAUCAUACAUUCGUUAAUUUUCGCAGAAAAUAACGAGAACAUACCACCUUCCAACAUCUGCAGAGAGCGUCCCGAGAUCUGCCUGCCGCCGGAGAAACGUGCGCGGCUUAACGUGUGAAAAAAAAAAAGAUACACGUACCUGACGGGAAGUAUAUACAAGAAUAUAUUUCGAAUAUGUCUUCUAAUUAAAUGAAUCAGUACAAAAGAAAUAUUAAGUAUUUUCUCAACGGGAUCUGAUGUCUCGUUGAUUAUUUUGUGAUCUCAUAGUUACCUGUUUAUAUGUAGAAUAAUUUUUCUCCGACACGAUAUCAAGCAUUUAAAUAUCUCUGCUUGGAAUAUAUACGUUCGAAGAUCAAAACAUUAACACUUAAGUCGAUUGUGGCAGAAAUUUUACCAAGAAGAGAAAAAUACAAAGUACCCUGCCAGUA